AUACGCUUAACUUUAUGAAGAAAGGAUCUACAUUGUUUUGAAGAUCCAUAUACGCUAAGAUGAGCCGCGGACACUACACUCCUAUUUUGACAACGAGAAACGACUCGAGCUACUCAGUCCGCUAUGGCAAUAAGGUACCCCAUGCGCCAUGAGAGUUUGAGGAGCUGUGAUUGACAGGAUGCAUAUAUGUUGGGUGGCCCAUAAGUAUAGUAAUUGGUAGGGCUCUAUUCUGGCUUCUGGUACUGUGCUACAUAUCUUUCCCUUCAGGAUGCGUUCGUUCACAUCUCUGGCUGUCCUUGGCCUUCUUUCUCUGUCGGUCGCUGCACCGGCACCAGUAGCAGUUUCAGUCCCAGAGAUUACACCUGCGCCCACACUCGAUGAGGUUGCUACUGCGACAAUCGAAGAACGGCAACUGCUUCCUAAUUUGAUCGGUGGUAUCCUCGGUAUUGUGACCGGCCUUCUCAAGGAUGUGGAUAGCGCUGUAGCGGCUGGCAACCCGUCAGCUUGCAGUUCCGCACUGGUCAAGAUUCAACCUACAACAAAACCUACGGCCAUCUCGCAGGUGCUCUCCAAGCAAGCAUCUAUCUGGGCGUCACCAUCCCGAACAAACAUCUAUGGCGCCAUCGCCACACAAGUGGCCAAUGGCCUUGGACCUGUCCUUGAUGGCACCCUCAACACCGCUCUACAGGGCAGCCUUCCUGUAGGAGAGAACAGCAUCUCCAACAACAACAAAGUAGUCAAUGGUCUCUACCCCAAGAAGUCCGGGACAACCGAUGCACCUUAUUCAGUCCCUGAAGCCAACCUACGUGCCGCAAUCUUUAUCCCACCCAGUUUUACCUAUGGCAAGAAAACCCCCGUCCUCUUCGUGCCCGGCACAGGCGCAUACGGCGGCGCUAACUUCGCAAACAACCUCCGCAAGCUGCUCACUGGCCAAUCUUACGCCGACCCAGUCUGGGUUAACGUCCCUGGCGCCAUGCUCGGUGACGCGCAGAUAAACUCCGAGUACAUUGCCUAUGCCAUCAACUACAUCAGCGCGGUCUCCGGCAGCGUUGCCUCUCCAAAGAAAAUCGCCGUCAUCUCGUGGUCUCAGGGUGGUUUGGAUACACAGUGGGUUCUGAAGUACUGGCCUAGCACACGCCAAAUCGUGCAGGAUUUCCUCCCCGUAUCGCCAGACUUCGCCGGUACUGUGUUCGCUAACGCGCUUUGUCUGAGUGCAAACAGCCAGCUCGGUGCUGUGCCCUGCGACCCCAGCGUCAUCCAGCAGCAGCGUACGUCCAACUACGUUCAACAACUGAGGAAGGGCGGAGGAGACAAAGCUUUUGUCCCAACAACAACAUUCUACUCCGGCUUCUUCGACGAGAUCGUCGAACCACAGCAAGGCAACGCUGCCUCAGCCUUCCUCCCCGCCGGUGGUCCCAACGCCCCAGUAUCCAACAACGAAGUACAGACCGUCUGCGCCAAUCAGCCGGGUGGUAGCUUCUACGGACACGCAGGCGUGUUGUUCAACCCAAUCACAUACGCUCUUAUUGUUGAUGCGUUGACACACCCGGGCACUACUGGGCAGGUUAGUCGCAUCAACAGGCAGGCUGUGUGCGAGGACUACGCAGCGCCUGGUCUUGAUCUUGACGACGUGUUGGCUACAAGUGGACUGAUUCCUGUGGCGGGUGUGUUGCUGUUGGCGUAUCCGCAGAAGAGACUCACUGAGCCGCCGCUGAAGUCGUACGCUACUUACUGAAGUGAGUAUUGUAA